GCCUUUUGAGAGAUGAUAGUGACCCAGAAAGAAAGAAAGCAAGAGAAAGAAAUCAUAAGCAAAAAGGAGACCACCUCGUUUCUGUUUUGUUUUUUUUUUAUUCCCAGGCCGAGAGGUGAGAACUGAGAAGUCAAUUAACUCGAUCGCCGAUCCCUCUUUGACCUCUUUCACUAAAAUUACUCUAAUUGGGGGGGGGGGGGGGGAUUCAUUUCAUUUCAUUGGUUAAGGUUUGGAAAUUCUUAAUUAUGGAUGGUUGGCAUCGGAUCUAGGGCUGGAAUUUCGGUUACUUCGGUUAUAACCGGUAACCGAACGGUUAAUCGAGAUGACAGUCGAUUCUACGGACAAUCGGCGGACAGUCCGCCUCGGUUAUCGGUUAGUUGGUCGGUUAACCGUGCUAACUGCACAACACAGUCGUCGAAAAGGAAUGGCGCCGACGGAGGAGAUGGCCGGGUUGCACAGGCAACAGAGGAGGACUGCUGCGAGCAGAGGAGACCGAGGCGAGGUCGCGGCUGCGGAGCAAAGGGGAUGGCCGGCGGCGGCUUCGCGUUGGCAGAACAAGGGGCUGGCGGCAGCGACAUCUCUGCCUCUCUGGUUCGUCGUCGUCGUUGCUGCUGGCUGCUCGUGGGCUGGUCGUCGGGGAGGAGAUGGCGGAGCAGAAGGGCACGCGAGUCGGGCAGGGAGAUGGCGGAGAGCGGUGGCGUUGCUCUCGUGCUCCGCUAGGGCCGCCUGGGAGUGGGAAGAAGAGAGAACAAUGGUCUCUUCGUUGUUCAGGGCUGGGCAGGCGGCAGGGAGAGUGGGUUCAGGGCUGGGUAUCGUCGCGAUGCAGAGAGAAGAGAAGGGAAGGCGGCGUCGAUUAGGGUUAGGCUUCGUCGGUUUUAGGAAAUAGGAAGUGGGGGUGCGGCGGCGUCGCGGAAUGAGGGGAGGGGGUUGAUUGCUCGGUUAGCCGAUUAACCGGCGUAGCUAACCCAGCUACCAACAACCGCUCGCAAAUGAUUUUUUCGGUUAAUCGGUUAACCGAUAACCGCCGGUUAUUGAUCUAACCGAUCGGUUAACCGACAACCGAUAAUCGAACGUCCAGCCCUAAUCGAAUCAUUAUGAUUCAUUCAACUGCUCUCCCUCUCUCUCUUCGUCCUUAAGGGCCUCCAUUCCUGAAUAUGAUAUAAAUCCAUUAAUUAAUUAUGAAUGCUUGGUUCCAACAUCCAACCCACUUGCUUGCCAAUCCAAUUCACUGUUGCGCCCCCACUUGUUAAAAUAAAAUCUCACACAAACAAGAGAGAUCCCUUGUUCUUUUUCCUUGAAGAACGCUGCAACGUAAUCAAAAAUAAUCUCAUGG